AUGCACCAUUAUGUGUUUGUCUACACACGUAGAUCAGCUGCCCGAUCGUUUGUCGGGACAGCCAUGGGGAAAGGCGACUCACGCAACGGUACCAGAGCGAGUGAAGAGAAAAAAUGGUUACGACAUUUAGUGAGACUGCAGAGGGAGUUAUAUUCCUUACUGAAUGUGAGCAGCUGGAAGGAUCAUUCGCUGUCCCCAUCGGACAGACUGCGCUGCGGGGCGGCGCCAACAGAACAUUCGAAUGAAGCUGCAGUCGAAAUCCCAAACCACAUGAACAAGUCAGUCCGAAAAAUGCACAAAGGAACCCCCAUGGAAAAUAAAAGAAACAGCGUUAUGACCAAAACGGUGGAGGAAAAAUACAUCGAAGAAACGCUCAAUCGUAUGUAUACCCUAAUGAGUAGAACCUCCCUGAGUAGAGCUCUCCAACUGAGCGAACAAGUCAGCAACAAGGAUCUUUACAAAGCCAUUUUAAUGAAGUACUUCCAUAAGAUUAACAGAAGGGAUAGAAGAGGAAUGCGUCGAGGAGGCAGCAUCAUCUGCAACGAAGGGACGACGAACGAGUUGUUAAGUCUCUUCCUCAUGUGUGCAGACUACUACGUUCGCAUGCAGGGGGAUAGGGUAAACAACACGAGGGUACACACCUGUGAGGGGAACGAAUUUGAGGACACCCCCUCUGUGUGUAGGGACGUAUUGGGCAUCCUCACGCAGGAACUUCGCACCAACUCGGCCACCUUCAAACUGAGGGAAAUGAACGAAUUGGUAUACGCCCUUCUUCGACUGAGAAUGGUUGACCCGUUUGUGGUGGGUGAGGACAUCGCUAAUGAUCUGAUUAGAAGGUUUUCCUCUCGGUUGUUUCGAGUGAACUGUGCUGUGAUGGAAGCGGGGGAAGGUGAACCCAGCAGGAAAGAUAAGGACGGGGGUGAUGUUUUCCAUGAGGGGGGUGAACACGCCAUACCUUCAACAGGACAACCGGAUCGAGUACCCCCAUGUCAUGCGAUCCACCUGGGCGAUUUGGCCAAAGUCCUAUACCAAGUUGUAACGACAAAUAAGCGUUUGGUGCGUCACAAAAAAGACCCCCUUUCGGAAGGAUUCACAGAGGAGCAAGCAACCUUAGUGGAUGCUAUCCUCGCGUAUUCAAAAAAUGAAUUUAAAGAAAGAACACUUGUUAAGGAUAAGCUUUUCUGGCGGAGUUGCACUUCCCUGCUUUACAGCUUAACCGUUUUGUAUAGCAAAAAAUGGCACGCCGAUUGUGUGGAAAUAUAUGACCAUGUAGUGAAGGCAUACGAUGAAUGUUUCGACGUUAACUUGGCUGACCUGCUUAGCCUUAACUGCCACGAGUUUAAGAACUUCGGAAAGGAGCACUGGCCUGAGGAGGAGGGGAAGAGAGCAUGUCUUCUUAAAAGCAUUUCCCAUUUUUGCAAUUCCAAGGCGACAUCGAUCAAGUUCAUCCUUUCGAUGAAUGAGCAACCUGUGGAGAAGCAAACGGUUCUUUCCCUGGAGGAGUUAAUCAAGCUGGCCUACGCCGUGACAUUUUUUUACAAACAAUUGGGAUCUUCGGGGGAGGACAUAAAAGCGAAAUGGAGUCACCGUGUGAGGAGAGUCAUUUCGUCAUUAUUGCUCGUUACAGACGGGUUGGUGGAACGGGCCGUUCUGGAUGCCCUCCCAAUGAAGCGCCAAAAUGGUGGAAACGAAGUGAAUGUAGGGGCCCUCCUGAAACGCCUAAGUCAUUUAGCAAAUGUGUACUACGAGCACCACAUAGGGGACAUGAAGGUCCUCUGCGCCUUAACCGUCUUGAUUAGCAAAUGCAAGGACGUCGAUCUGGUCGUUCUGAGUAAUAUUCUGAAUAUUUUCACCAAGUUGGACUUUUCCUAUGACGCCUUUUUUGUCUGUUUUUUUUUUUCUAACUGUAUGGGGAAGGGCUACCUGGGUGAGGAGGUUUUGCGGGCUCGCUUUUUCGAGCGGAAUGAGCGUACCGAUGAUCGUUUCAUCGAACAGACUGAUGAGAGGAGGAAACCGAUGGCGUUUUACAUAUGGAGGGCUUUCAUUAAAUGCGUGAAGAGGAGCGUGUCGGACAAACAGAAGUUGAAGGACCUUUCCCCCGUGAAUAUUACUAAACUUAUGAAUGGGCUGAUCCAUUUCAAGUGUCUGGAUAAGCAGUCCAUAGAGUUUCUCAUGAGGAUAAUAUCGGCUCAGUAUAAGCGAGGAGAAUCAGUUGCAAUUACGAACCGGCCAUGUCACAAUAAUGUAAAUACCUACGGCGAAAUAGCUGGAGGAGCAAACUUCAACCUGGUUUCGCUAGGAUCGCUGCUUAACUACAUGAGCAUGACAGACGAUAUUCAGUGUUACGAAGCGAAGAUUAAGCUUGUCCAAAUGAUAGCCGAAAAAGUAGUGAAGAGAGAAAAUUCGUUCGACGCGAGGUUGCUAUGUAGCGUUUAUAUUAGUUACGCUAGAUUGAAUAUAUAUGACAUAGGUCUCUUCUAUACAAUAAGGAAACGACUUAACUUGAUUCAGUUAAACGACCUGAACGUGUUGAGCAUUCUUUCCUAUAUGAAUAAAGCGGGAAUAUAUGACGGGGAACUUUUACGCAAUUGCUUUAAUAACGCAUUUGCCAAGUGGAGAAGCAAAACGAAGCAACGAUUGUCUUAUGCAGUUCACCUUUUAUUCAUCUUAACGUCUGUAAGUCAGACUUUCCUGUUUGACAAUUUCUACAGAAUUAUUUGCCGCGCGUUGGAAAUUAUUUCCUACGUGUAUAGUGUGUGCAAGGAUAGCGACGAAGCAGGAAAAAAAAAAAAAAAAAAAUUAUCGUACAAUUUUUUUUCCAUGUUGCUUAUCAGUCUGCACACUUUUCACCACUUUUUCUUGGACAUCCAUUUGGGGCAAAAUGGAAGAAGAAUUUUGGACAGUGUGAGUAGGGACUAUCUGAAAAUUUUUCAUUUUUUUUUAUGUCAACAUUGGGAAGUGAAGGACGGGAUGGGCGCCACGAAUUCACAAAUUCAGAAGAAUGUGCUGACGGCGCUACGCCAGGUGGUGAGCAAAGACGUGUGUAUCUGUUAUGAGUACGCCUUGAGCGGCACGCCCUACCUGGUUGACAUGGUACUGCAGAGGGGAAACGCCAGUGAGGAGGAUACACAGCGGUGA